GUUGAAGCCCAGAAAGCCACCCAGGAGUUCCAGCGCUCCGUGGAGAUCCUGAGAGCGGCCAAAGAGACCAUCGCUCUGGCCGAGGAGCGUCUGCUGGAGGAGGACUCCCGCCAGUUCGACUCCGCCUGGCAGGAGAUGCUCAACCACGCCACGCAGAGGGUGAUGGAGGCGGAGCAGGCCCGGACUCAGAGCGAGGCGGAGCACCGGAAAACCGCCACUAAUUACAACGUCUGCAUCAGCCAGAUGAGGGCGCUAGAGAAGAAGCUGAAGCGCUCCAUCAACAAGUCCAGACCCUAUUUCGAACUGAAAGCCAAAUACUAUCUACAGCUGGAGCAACUAAAGCGCCAGGUGGAUGAGCGACAGGCCAAACUUGUGGUGGCCAAAGCCGAGUACCGCGCAGCAUUGCGCAACCUGGAGAGCAUCUCCGAGGAGAUCCACGCCCAGCGACGCUCCGUUGCCAUGGGAACCAGGGAGCGGGGCGUCGGCGCCGAGGGGGACGAGGACAACGAGGACAUCGCCAACUUCAAAAUGGAGUCCGACGGCCUGUCGAGUGAGUAUGGACGGGACCUGAGGGUGAUGGAGGCGGAGCAGGCCCGGACUCAGAGCGAGGCGGAGCACCGAAAAACCGCCACCAACUACAACGUCUGCAUCAGCCAGAUGAGGGCGCUAGAGAAGAAGCUGAAGCGCUCCAUCAACAAGUCCAGACCCUAUUUCGAACUGAAAGCCAAAUACUAUCUACAGCUGGAGCAACUAAAGCGCCAGGUGGAUGAGCGACAGGCCAAACUUGUGGUGGCCAAAGCCGAGUACCGCGCAGCAUUGCGCAACCUGGAGAGCAUCUCCGAGGAGAUCCACGCCCAGCGACGCUCCGUUGCCAUGGGAACCAGGGAGCGGGGCGUCGGCGCCGAGGGGGACGAGGACAACGAGGACAUCGCCAACUUCAAAAUGGAGUCCGACGGCCUGUCGAGUGAGUAUGGACGGGACCUGAGGGUCAAUGGGGACAGAGCAGAGGGAGCGGAGGACUCGUUAGAGUCCGGCCUGAACAGGCUCACCAUGACUGUUACUAAAAAACCAGAGGAAUCAGACCCAGAUCCCCGCGUCCCUGAGCGGGAGGACUGCCCCCCCGCAUCCACAUCCACAUCCACAUCCACAGCCCUAUUGGUCAACAGCGUCUAA